CAAAAGUUUAGCUUUGCAGACUUCAAGUUUAAGAGCAUACUAAGUGGAAAAACGCUCCUAUGCGAAUUUCAUGGUGAAAUGAUUGCUUUGAAGAGUGUAGACUUAUCGAAGGCUCCAUCGUAUGUCCUGGAAGAAAUGCAAAAAGAAGUCGAGAUUUAUAAAGAUCUAGCUGAUAUUCAAGGCAAGUAUAUCCCAAAGCUGAUCUGUUAUGGAUAUUAUGGAAGAGGUAUGAGCUUCGUUAUCGGCAUGACCAUUGUCAGCACUUCGUUGAGCGAGCAAAAAAUAAAGAAACGGCAAAAGACAAGGGCUAUUAAGGGAUUAGAAGCGAUCCACAAGCAUGGCAUCCUCCACAAUGACAUUCGGUAGGAAAACAUCUUAAUUAAUGAUGAUGGUGGCGUCUAUCUGAUUGACUUCGGUAUGGCAAGUCGGGAGGACACAAAAAAGAAGAGAAAGCUUUUCGAGGAGGAACAGCUCAAAU